AUGUCUUUAGUAGCAGAUUAUGAUUCAGACUCUGGAUCUGAACGAGAAGAAGCUUCCAUUAGUGAACAAACACAAAAAACGCUAGAACCUAGUACAUCUGAGAAGAAAAAUACCUUGUGCUCUACACUUCCGCCGCCAAAGAACAGAGUAACAGCAACCAUCACCAGUGUUAAUACUACCUCGUCAAAAAACAAGAAAAGAGCUGAAGGACCAGUUAAAAUUUUUGUCGAUUUGCCAAAUCCUUCGGAAAAAGACAAUUUAGAUAGUGAUAGUGGUGACGAAGAAAGAGAGGCAAAAAGGUUAAAGUUUGGAACGAGUGGUAGAUCAGGCUUAUUUUCACUAUUGCCUGCUCCUACAAGACCUAUAUCUUCAAAGGUUGAUAAAAAUAAUAAUAAAAGCGAAGAAUCUAGUGUGAAAACAGUAAAAACUACAAGUUUUGUUCCGCAUACUUUGUCAAGGCAAAAAUCUGCUACUGCUGCAAAACCAACUAAAGAUAAAAACGAUGAAUCAUCACAAAAUGAUGAGGAGAUAUCAUUCUUUCCAUUAGGCCCAGAAAUUUCAAACAUUGUAGAAAAUAAAUACGAAUCGAUUUCAAGCACAAUCAUUUCAACGAAUCCGAUAAUAGGAGAAAAUGAUGAUAAUUAUAAUGUAUCAUCAACUUCGUCGAUACCAAUGAUGACUGGGGAAGAAUCACCCACUGAUCAUACUAGUAUACAGACUAUUAAUAAUAAUGAACAAUAUUAUUAUGGGGAUCAAUGGACGGAGGACAAUAGUUAUAUGUAUACUGCUUCUGCAUCUUAUGGAGCAGGAGUAAGUGGUGUUGAUGAUUCAUGGCAGCUACAACAGCAACAAGAAGAAUCAGAAAUUGCAUUAAAUGAAGAAAUAAUAGCAAAAUUAGGAGGACGAAGAAACAAAAAAGAACGUGAAGCAGGUGCAAUACAAAUAAAAGAGAUUGACGCGCGUGAUCAACUGGGUGACGAUGCAUGGCACUCACAGAUGGCGCAAUUAACGAAACCUGGGCAAGUGUCGAGUGGUGCUUACUCGCAUUUAAAACCAUCAAAAGGUCAAAAACGUAAGCACAAUCUCAUGUACUUGGUUCAUCAGGCAACAGUGAUGGAAAAUGAACUCAAAGAACAAUAUGCCAAUAAUCGAAAGACGAAAAGAGAAACUCAGGCUAAAUAUGGAUUUUGA